AUGUCAGAUCUUAGAGAAACAGUUGUCAAUCACUCUUUAUUUACGAAAUCAAGACUUUACUCUUUGUAUUCAGAUUUUGCCAAACUUAAAGAUGUUAAUCCUGAUGGGUAUGAAGCUAAUCUCAUAGCAUGGAAAUCCUUAAUCACAACAUUUUUUCAAAAUCAAUCUUUCAAAGAUACAUUUGCUUUACAGACCACUGGAUUAUUGGAGGAUCUCACACUUCCUGAUUAUGGUAAACCGAUGGCAUUAUCAUCAGUUCUAGAAGAACUCGUGGCGGCUGGUGAAUUAAUUCCCCUACAACAAUAUAAAUCAAAAACUGAAAGCAUAUACACAAGACAUUGGGUGCGACCAGCAUUGAACUGGGCGGUUAACAAAUUCUUGAUCAAUACAUCUUAUAAAAUUGGUGAUGGUAAAAAUAAUUUGAAAGGUGAUACUCUCGUAUCAAGAAAAAUUUUGGAAAUUUAUGCUAGAGAACUUGAAAAUAGUGUUGCAUUUUCGACUCCUGGUCAAUCAAAACAAGUCUUCACCAAGGAUGAAUUAAGAGAGUAUUUAAACGGAUUGAAUAUAAAAGCUUUUGGUAACACGGUGAAAUUGAGUGAGUUGGACUUUGAGAUAUUGCUUUUGUUUUUACAAAGAGAUACUGGCAAGAUCAGAUCAAAUGAUACUAUUGUUAAGUUGAGCAACGAGGAGAUCACAGAAGAGGAUAUUGCUAUAGCUGAAUUGAAGAGUACACUUAAGAACUUGAACUUGAAAAGCGACGAGCUUCAGGGAAAAAUUGAUUCUAUUUCCAUCAAACUAAGAGAAAGUUUACAAAAGAAAAAUAGUAAAGAUUUAUCAUUAAAUUUAUUAAGAUCCAAGAAGCUAGCUGAAAAAUCAUUAGGCACACAGCUUUCUUUAAUUAAUCAGCUUGAUUCUGUUAUCUACAAGAUUGAUGAAUCUUCAAGUAAUGUCCAAUUAUUGAAAGCAUUGGAAAAUGGUACUGGAAUCUUAAAGAACUUGAACAGCCAAAUUGGCGGUGUUGAAAGGCUUGAAAAAAUCAUGGAUGAUUUAGAAGAAGAAAAAUAUCAAUCGGAUAAAAUAUCAUCAGAGUUAUAUCGUCUCAAUCCACAAGUCAACGAAGAUGACAUCGAAGAAGAAUUUGAAGCAUUACUAGCACAAGAUAAGGCAUCAAAAACUACAAACAAAAUUAAUGAAGACAAGGAGGAAGAAAAAUUGGCUGAAAAGUUAUCAAAUUUGGGCCUAUCUCCAACUGAAAUACAAGAUGGAUCUACAAAAGCAAAAGAACAAAAUUCAAACGAAGCCAUGACCAAUUGA